AUGUUUGGUCCCGACAAUGAUGACACCUAUCUCCAAAUUGUCAAGCAACCGGCUCUUCAAAAGCUGGAUCCUUUUCAGCAGUCGAUCACCGGCAUUAUCAUCCAGCCCAUCUCGCCCCCAUAUGGUGGAGAGGAGCGCCCUGAGAAUUGGGACCCUUCUCGCGAGGAACUUAUCCUGAUGAGUUCGGACGCCGACCGCUGCAGCGAAGAAGGGCAGACUGAUAAGUUCAUGUUGGCGGAAGUUUUCAAUCCAAUCGUCGGGUACGGCUGCAGUGUCGACCUCGCAUGGCUGACCGCCAUCAUGUGUGCAAUGUUGCGCCUCUUCCCUCACGAGCCCCGGAUGAUGCUUGUUGUCAAGGCUUCUUGCCGCGACGGGGAGGGUCAGGGGCGGAUGGUCGGAUUCUUGUCAGAGGCACGAGUCAUCACCAUCGAUGUCGGGGACGUAGAGUCUGCAACGAUUCUGGACGUCCACCAUCGCAUCCACAGCGUGCGUGUGGGGCGGACAUGGAGGGCUCCCGAACCUUUCGAGUUUGGUCUUUGCGUCUACGUGAACAUCGUUUCCGCAAUGGCUGAGAGCCUUCCUCCUGGCUUCCGCCAUGUGUGCAAGGAGGCUUUCCCGCCAAGAAACUGGAAAGGAUCUGCCUACUCGCACUUGAACAUCCGGAUAGAUCAGCUCAAGCUUGACAAUUGGGAUUUCCGGAUUUUCCACUACGACGCAGCUUGGGGUUGGGACUGGGCCACCAACUUCGCGCACAGUGUUGGAGACGUCAUCCGUCGAAUGGUUGAAGAGCCUUUGGCCUCUUUGUUGCCAGAAGACGUUCCGGCUGCGGAGAACCAAGCUGCCGCCAAGCGCACUCGUGAGGAUCAGCUCGAGCAGGAGAGGACUCGUUCCAAGUCUUUGAGAGUGCGAUGA